AUUUCUAAGUGUGUACUUUACCGUGACACUUUUCGUGUUAUACCAAUUUACCGUGGAUGGAAUUCCAGUCGCGUCACCCGAUUCUUUAACGUUUUCUAAACGCGAUAGUUUAAUUCUCAUCGCUGUUGACUUACCGAAAAUUCCAUCAUUUGAACUAGAUAUCGAUGUCGACGAAAUAAAAGAUAAAGCAUUUGAUAUAAUCGAAACCAUACCCAGCUACGAUGAAAUAGAAGACAAAGCAUUCGAUAUAGUCGAAACCACACCCAGCUACGAUGAAAUAAAAGACAAAGCAUCUGAUAUGAUCGAAACCCUACCCAGCUACGACGAAAUAAAAGAAAAGGUAUCCGAUGCAUCAAACAAACUCAAGCAAAAAGUUAACGAAGCAAAAGAAAAUCUCCCUUCAUCGAGUAAAAUCAAAGAAAAAUUAUCCGAAGCCUACAACUUUGCAACCGAGCAUGCCGUGAUUUCUGCUGCAGGAAUCGCGGUUACUAUUACAGCAACCGCAAAAUUCACGUUUUUCUAUAUACUCUCUAAUAUAGGAUUUACCUCGAAUGGAAUAGCGGCUAGUAGUUGCGCAAGUGCUUGGAUGAGCAGUUAUCUUGGAUAUGUGCCUUUAGGAAGCAAUUUCUCUGCAUUACAAAGCAUUGGAGCCACAGCCUCGUUGGGACCUAUCAGUGGGUUUGCUUUUGGUGAAUCUACAUCGAUAACUUCAGCAAUGGGUAAUUCAAUAGAAAACACUAAUCAUGUAGUCCUAACAAUUACUGAAACUAAUAUCUUCAAAAAACAAGAGAUGACUGACGACAAAUACUCUCGCCGUCGGCAUAAACAUCACAAGAAUUCAACUAGUUCCAGCCAACGCGCUUCCGCUUCUAAAGAACAAGAAUAUUAUGAUUAUUCUUGA